CGCGCCGACUCUGACAGCUGGACUUUGCAAAAAGUGGCUUCGAACCUUUCGAACUUUCUGGCCAAACUUCAAAUCCACAAGUCUCAACAAAAAUGACAUUCCCUCAGGUCGACGCCGUUCUGCACUGGCUAAGCGCCGCCUCAACUACUAAUACGUCCUCGCUGGACAAACCGUCGGCCCUCAAAGCGACCGCAACCGCCACCGCCACGUCAGACGGCCGUACGGUGAUCAUAACCGAUGAAGUCCGCGCGGAGGGAGGUUUUCUGCUGAAUCACUUCCUAUCCCGACAUUUGCGAGCGGAUGACCAAGAAUGGAAGGUCGUAUUGGUUGGAGUUGCGCAGACACUGGGGCACUAUGGGGCUGUUGGGAAGAAGCUGGGUCUGAAUAUUGCGGCAUAUCAACAAACUGGAAAGUUGACCUUCAUCGAUGCGCUGUCAGGCCUUUCCGGAAAAAGGAGUCCGCUAGCGAGGGAUGAAACCCAUGUUCUCCGGGACCUGUUCACAAACAUCGAAGCGGCGUCGCACACCUCGUCCGGGGUCCACCCACACAAACUAUGCCUAGUUAUCGAUGACAUCAGUGCGUUCUCCUACUGCGGGAUACAAGCGAACCAGACCGCGGCGUUCAUCACGAACUGUCUGAAGCUUGUAUCACAGACCAAUGGUUGCUUUGUAGGCUUACUACACGAUGCUAACGCGCUGGAGAAGGACCUUCCGGAUCUCUCUCGGCUGAGUAAAGCGAUUCUGCAUAAGGCCGACUAUGUCUUGCAUGUGCGGAUGCUGGAAAGUGGAGCGACGCAAGGAGUGGAUGGGCAGGUGUCAUUCUGCCGCGGUCCCCUCCUCAGUAGAGAUGUCCCGUUCCAUCCUGAAGUACUGCACUAUCAAAUCACGGAUGCGCACGUGCAGUUUUUCAAGAAGGGAUUUUCCAAGGGUCUGCUCUGAUGCGGCAGUGGAUAUGGUGAGGUGGUGAGGCUUUGCAAGCCUUGUCGCCUCACAUUCGCGGGAAGAUAGGGGCCUGUAGACAGGCCUCUCGCCAGGCCUUCCAAGACCCCAACGAGCUUUGUGCCAAGAACUCACAUGACCGCGCACAGGUUGGCAGGCUAUGAUGAGUCGGCCGAUGCAAACGCCAUUCGGAAGAGGCUACUGCAGGGCGGACAUCGACUUGCCAGCAAAUCGAAUGGUCCACACUCGGCGGGUUAUUUGAGCACUGAAUGACUCCCAUGUCCAG